AUGCGUUCAGAAUGCGACUCAUUUUUGAAGGGUGCGCUGCUUGGAAGUAUCCUCUUUGCCUUGAUCACAGUGCUAGAACACAUUAGUAUGGGUCGCAGAAACGGGAUACAUCACCACGAGCAUCACCACCUGCAAGCUCUUAACAAAGAUGUCUUGAAAAUGUCAGAGGCUGAACGCCUGGAACUCAAUAACAGCUUCCGGGUAUACUGUAUCAUUCUUGUAACACCCAAAGAUGUGAGUCUGUGGGCUGCAGUUAAGGAGACUUGGAUAAAACACUGUGACAAAGGCGAGUUCUUCAGUUCUGAACAUGUUAAAGGAUUUGAGUCAAUUACUGUGAAUGAGAGUACCUUGUCGUUGAUGAUGAUAAAAGCUUACGUGUACGCCUUUGAGAAAUACAAAGACCAAUAUAGCUGGUUUUUUCUCACAUAUCCCACUACAUUUGCUGUUAUUGAAAACUUAAAGUAUUUUUUGUUAAGAAAAGAUCCAUCGCAACCUUUCUAUCUAGGUCACACUGAACACUUUGGAGCUCUUGACUAUGUGACUGUAGAGGGAGGGGUUGUCUUAAGUAUAGAAUCACUGGAAAGACUCAACGGCUGUUUCAAGAUCACACAAAAGUGUCGUCUUCAUGAGAAUAAUCUGAUUUGGAAGUUUUCUGAAGAUCAGAUGCUUGCACUCUUUCUGAAAGAGGUGGGAGUGUUUGCAGAAAAUGCUGAAGAUGCGGAGUGGAAAAAUUUAUUUAAUACAAAAACUAUUGGGAUGCUUAUAAAAGAGGCAAUGGCUGACUACCCGAAUGAGAUCAUACAAGGAUGCUGUUCUGAUAUGGCCAUUUCUUUCAGUGGACUGACUCCUGAUCAAAUGCAUGUGAUGAUGUAUGGGGUGUACCGUCUUAGGGCAUUUGGACAUGGUUUCAGUGAUGCAUUGUAUUUUUUACCUCCAAAUGGUUCUGACAACGACUGA